CCUAGCAACCAGGCAGAAGCAUCUGCGUUUAGGAAGACUUUGAGCAGCAGCUCAAGCCUUCCAAUGCCCAAGCCUGCCUGCGGGUACCAGAAAGAGCAGAAGCAAGCAAGCGCUGCGUCAGCUCCAGUUGUUUCUAGGCUUGCAGAAAUUGCUCUUCCUAAAGGCUAUCAGGUGGAGUGCAAGCUAUCCGCUCAGACCUGGCCUUCCGCCAUGGAAAAGAGUCGUGUAAAGCGGGAGGUGAAGAGGCUGCUGGGAGAGUAUAUUGGCAUCAGACUUCGGGAAAAUGAAUUUGAUCCAAAAGGAAGAGGCCAACUCACCUUUCUAGAUGAGAUGGCCCACUAUGACCUGGCCGUCAGUGUUGCUUGUCAAUGGGUAGAUCCCUCAGAAGACUUAACUUGGCUCCAGUGGGAGAAAGUGAAAGCGCCACUUCACGGCAGACCCUUGUAUCCAAACCGAAAAGAGCGCGAAGCAGUGAUCUUAUCAUCUUACGCCGGAGUCUUAAUGAACAGUAUCCCAAUUGAGGAAGUCCUGAAAAUUUACGGGGCCUAUUCUUCUACUGAACCUGAAUCUACGAAGGUCUCCCCGGCUCUGUUGCCCCGCCGCUCCUUGCACCCUUUUGCCAUGUUGACAGCACCCAACGCAGCAGAAUGCAACCGCAGACAGAGUGUCAAGCCGAGGAGAGGGGCAAUGCCAAAAAAUGCCUCCAGCGGCUCUACCAGGAAAGCAAUGGUUCAGAAUGGAAAUCCUGGAAAAGAUGCUCAUAUGCACAGCUCAAGAACAAGGUCACCUAAAAAUGAGAACUAGUACCGUGGGUGCAUAACAGAGUCUCUGGGAGCAGACAGGAAGCUUCGCCUUAAAGCCGCAAUCGUCACCAGCACACCCGUUCUCUGCAGUCAGCCAUUGCUGUAAACGGCAUUGACUCUCAAGCCUGCCCGUAGCCUUCUUCUCUUGGAAGCAUAUUGCACACCUAUAUUUUGGCAAAAGGAAAAAAAUGUGUAUAUCCUAUGCUUUUUCAUUUUAUGCCUGGAAAGCUGCUGGAGAAUUUGUAGGGAGCUCACUGUUCCUGGAUGGGUGGGUUUAGACAGUCUGGUAUUGAUACACAUUUUAGCAAAUGUGUAGCAUUAAAUAUUGCAUAGAAUGCUGGGGAAGGGGGUGGUUUUCCAAAGUGUUAACCCCAAAUAGAAUUAUUUUCUCAUUAGCAUUCUUCCAAAUAGAGAAAAUGUAAGCUCAUAAGUUUACAUUCAAUAAAGUUUGCAAAGAGGAAUGGAUGCUGGCUUUCUCUGGUGAUGACCACUAGGAAAAGAAAGGUGCUUCUCUUUGUGCGUCCUUCCCAAAUGAUGACAAGGCACAUGGUUUAACCAGCUUCAA